CUCUCGACCCCUCGCGCCGGCUUCACCUUCGGUAUAAAUUGCGGGGCUCAGCGGUCUCCACCAUUGUCAGACCGGAAGCCGCAGUGUCAGGAUGGGCUCCCGCGCCUCCACCCUGCUGAGGGAUGAGGAGAUAGAAGAGAUCAAGAAGGAGACCGGCUUUUCCCACAGCCAGAUAACACGCCUGUACAGCCGCUUCACCAGCCUGGAUAAGGGAGAGAACGGCACGUUAAGCCGGGAAGACUUCCAGCGAAUUCCAGAACUCGCCAUUAACCCUUUGGGAGAUCGGAUCAUUAAUGCAUUUUUCAGUGAGGGGGAGGACCAAGUGAAUUUCCGUGGCUUUAUGAGGACGCUUGCUCACUUCAGGCCGAUUGAAGAUAAUGAGAAAUCGAAAGAUCUUGCCAGCAACGAACCUCUGAACAGUAGAAGCAACAAACUGUUGUUCGCAUUUCGGCUCUACGACCUGGAUAAAGAUGAUAAAAUCUCUCGGGAUGAACUCCUUCAGGUCCUGCGGAUGAUGGUGGGAGUGAACAUCUCCGAUGACCAGCUAGGAAGCAUCGCUGACCGCACGAUCCAGGAGGCAGACCAGAAUGGAGACUGUGCCAUUUCCUUCUCUGAAUUUGUCAAGGUUCUGGAGAAGGUAGACGUGGAGCAGAAGAUGAGUAUACGAUUCCUCCACUAGCCCGUCCUGACACCAUUGAUCAAGCAGUAGAAAAGCGGCCAGCGUGAUCUUCUGUGGUUCAUGGCUUCAGCCCUCUGAGGGAGAACUUCAUGAGGAGCACAACACUACUGCCGCAACGCUAGAUGUCUCCUGUCUGACUGUAACCUUAGUCACGUCGCUAAUAAUUUAUACGUUUUUUUUAAUUUUUCUUCUAAGGUGAGCGCUUCUUUUGGGCCGUUGCUGAAAACACUAAUAGCAUAUGCAAGCGAAGUCAGAAAAGCAGGGACUUUCGGAGCAUUUUGCAGCCAUGUCCGUGCGGCGAUCUGUGUACAGUGGUGUCAUUAGGCUUUCUGCACACUUGUCUCAUAUCUUAUGAUCCAAUGAAUGACUGCACCUUCUCUUAAAUAUACAGUUGCUAUUUUUACGAUCGGCAUCUGUUCACCUGGAAUUGUAAAUAAAGUUUUGAGAACGGAGAGGAUUAAA